UUAAAGUAAGGCAUAUGACAAUAUGCUUAUUCCUCGAAGCCUCCCUCCUUCUCUCGGCGCUUCUCCUUGUUUUCAGACUUCUCCAGUCUUGACCCAUCUUAGAAAUCGGUCAAUAACCAAACCCUAGAAGUUAAAUCCCCCAAAACCCAUCUUCCUCUCCCAAAAAAUCAUACCUUUCGACCCUGCCAAUCUUGCUUUAUUAGAAAGCUUUCAAUUUUCUCUUCUCUGAACGAAAAAGGUUUAGUAAUGGAUGAUUCAAACGAUCACAAUCAGAAAUACUACAAUUACCACCCAUAUCAGGAUCUCUACAACGUUCCUGCUCAAAGCUUAUACAAAUUACCCACUUCUCCUGAGUUCCUUUUUCAUGAAGAAGCUGCCCAUCAGCGCCGCAGCUGGAGUGAAAACCUUCAAUACUAUACCGGAACCGGCUACUUAUCUGGAGCGAUCAUUGGGGGGGCUAAGGGUUCUUUGGAUGGUAUACGCUCUGCUGAGCCUGGUGACACCUUGAAAUUGCGGAUCAAUAGGAUUCUCAACUCCGGUGGACAUAUGGGUCGGAAGUUUGGGAACAAUUUGGGUGUGUUGGGCCUGAUGUUUGCGGGCCUUGAGAGCGCUUUGAUUCAAUAUAGAGAUACUGACGAUUUGGUCAAUACGGCUCUUGCGGGGCUCGGGACUGGGGCGAUUUAUCGUGCGGCAAGGGGGCCUAGAUCGGCGGCUAUCGCAGGGGCCAUUGGAGGGAUUGCAGCGGCUGCUGCUGUUGCGGGAAAGCAAGUGAUUAAGAGAUACGUGCCCAUAUAGAAAUUUGAAAACUUUUUCUUUUGGUGGCUUUAUUAGAGGGGAUGGGACUUGUAGGUUUUCUUGGGUCGAAAAGUUAGAUUAUAAAUGAUUUUGGUAUAAAGUGGAUCGUUACGUGUAACGAUUAUGAUUGUUUCACAAUCGAAUUUGCUGACUUGACAUUUCUUGAUGCCCUCUUUGAUAAUUGUCAGGAACAUUGGGGUUUUCACUUCCAUUUAUUAAAUUGGUGAUUCAUGAAAAGACAUGAAAAAGUUGCUUAGCAAUUGAAAAUUAUGUGUAUUAUGGUGAUGUUAUAUAUUUGCAUUUAAUUUGGUGUAAAGUGUUGUUUGACGCUUAUUAUUGUGUUGUUGUGUAAGCUCAUGUUCUUUCCAAGCCUACAUUUUCAUGUUGAUGGAAAUUUUGAUUUGUUGGUUGAACUUC